CGUAGCCGUUAAUUCUAUUCAUUUCACCACUAAAAUCUCCUCUUCCGAUCAGCUCACCGGCGUGUCGAUCGAACUUAAGAAUUGAGGUUUAACAGAAAGAAAAAUUAGAACACUCACUGCGAAACUCUCUGAAAUGUUGUCGAGAUGGAACCGAACAGCUUCCCAACUCUCCAAACUCUACUCUUCAAAUCACAAACACAAUCUUUUCUCCAUUCAAUGCCUCUCCAAAUCAUCGGCGUCCGCCGCUGUAUCACCGGCUCCUUCUCAUGAUUCUGCCGGACUCCCUUCCCCUUCCAAAUCACCGGCACGUGUAAAUUUGGAUAAAAUGUUUUGGUCAAAGCCACGUUCGUUGACUAUACCGAAGGAUUCUCCGCUUAGGGUUAACGAACCUGAUUAUCAAGGCAUUAAGCGGUUUUUUCUUAAGCUUAUGCUGUUCUAUAGUACACAAAGCAAAUCUAUUAGAGGUGCUAAUGUGGUUUACAAGCGCAUUGUUUCGCAAGUUGAUAAGCCUCUAAUUUACGACGUGUUCAAUUUGGAGAAGACAUUUAAAAUGACAUUCUCAUUGCUUGUGCUCCACAUGUGGCUUGUCCUGCGCCGAUUAAAACAGGAAGGGAAUGAGGGUGUUGAAUUCGGGCAGUAUUUGUAUGAGAUUUACAAUCAUGAUGUUGAGCUCAGAGUUUCUAAAGCUGGCGUUAACUUACUGUUGAUAAAAUGGAUGAAAGAAUUGGAGAAGAUAUUUUAUGGUAACAUUGUUGCUUAUGAUGCUGCCUUGCUUCCUGAGGCUAAAUCUACUGAGCUAGUGAAGGUGGUUUGGAAGAAUGUCUUUUCUGAUGAUGGGAGUUCAGAGCCAGAUGCUAGUGCAUUACGUGCUGUCCAGGCAAUGGCAAGAUAUGUACGUCAUGAAGUCGAUUGUUUUUCAUUAACAGACAAAGAAGCCAUGUUUUCUGGGAAUUUCAUGUUCACCGCCUUGGAAAAUGCAUCUUCUUCUGAUACAACAAGGAGGUGAAUCCGAGAGAUUGAAGGUAUCGGCCAACUUACAUCCAAGAUUUUGGCUUCAUAAAAAUCUGAUGAAAAACAAGUGUUAGUGUUAUACAAGAUGUAUAAAUGCAGACUAGAAGUGAAUAAUGCUAUUCUUUAAUAAUAUUCUUUACUUGAUUAUCUUUUCACUCUGAAUUGUUAAGAGAAAAGUGGUCGAUCGAGUUGACAUUGAUGUACAAUGGUGCAUGAUAGAUGAUACAAUACGUAUUUGGCGA